CGAUGAGCGAGUGGGCAGUCGAGCAGAGUUUUUGCAGCCGUUCAGUAGUCAACGCAACAUAAAAGAUCGAAGCAACAACGGACUUUUAGUGGAUCACUAAACCGAACAAGAAGAUCACCAAACGCAAGUCAGCUGGUCCAGACAAACCAACUUAACAUAUAAACAUACAUACAUAAAUAAAUGUCUACAUUAAUUUUGCGUAGUGCCUUCGGAGUAUUUAAUAUACAAGCUAAUAUACUUAUAAAUAUAUACAAAUAAGUAUCUACUGAUUUGUGUGCUAUCAGAGUGAAAACUCAUUUGACGUCAAGACGCCGUAAAAGUGCCUAUUUUUGUUAAAAGAAAAAUUUCUGCAAGUAAAAAACCGCUAAGGUCGCAGAAAAUUUUACCGAAUUGAGUUAAAAUAUUUUCGCUGAGUGGAAAACAUUCGCGGAAAAUUUAUUAUUACAUUCAUGCAUUGCCUACGUCAGCAGACAAAUUAUGCAAAUUUGCGAAAGGACAGCCACGAAAAAUAGUAAAAAAGGUACAAUUUAGAUCGUCUAAUUGUGAUAAAAAAUUUAAAAAUUGCGUAAAACACCAUUCGUUUUAUUAGUUUAAUAUUGGAUCAAAUAAAUAUUUGAGAGUGCUAGUGCUUUUGUUUGCGCCCCUUGUAUGGUCAGAGUUAUGAAAGUGUCACCGUAUACAUUGCAAUCGCCACCCUAUCGAAACAAACGAAACCCGGAAUAUCUAUUCGACGCAUCUAAAAGUUAUCAUAUAAAAUUCGAUAUCAUCGCACUGGCGAAGGAUUGCAAUCUCAAGUCGAAAUUAAAAAAGUUAGAAAUAUAUUUUAUGUUUAAUAAUUUAUGUAAACGCAAAUCCAUAGAUUUCGAACAACACUUGACAAAAUUAUUAACACUUAAAACACAAAAGACUUCAUUGAUUAUUAAUGAAAGAAGUUUCGUGAGUGUUGGUAAAUCGAAUAAGUUAAUUGUUGGUUGAAAAAAUUUGUGUGUCAGUGUUGCUGAACGGGACAAGUACAGUGAUAUUGGCGUAGAUAUUCGACAUACUCCUAUUUUCUAUUGUAUUUGCUCCAAUAUCUUAAUAAGGUCGGAUUUUAAACUCAACCCAAAGACAGCACAAAUAAACUCCAAAAAUGGUUGGUGUUGCUGCCGGCUCCAACGAGCACAGUAUGUCGUCGACGAAGAAUCCUAUGAUAAAGUAUAUGCUGAAAACACGCGAGAAUCAUGCACGUAAUCAGAAAUACGACUACUCCCAUGUCUUUCGUCGCAAGACACGUUUCGAAAUGUUCCGACUCUCCGUCAUUGCGAUGGCCAUUGAGUUCGCCUAUGCUGCAGAAACGUCUUUCGUUUCACCGAUAUUGUUACAGAUUGGCAUUGACCAUAAACUCAUGACUAUGGCUUGGGGUGUUUCUCCGAUAAUCGGUUUCUUUAUCUCACCGCUAUUAGGUUCGCUAAGUGAUCGUUGUACACUUAAUUGGGGAAGACGUCGACCGAUUAUUACUUUCCUGUCGGUGGGUAUAUUACUUGGUUUGAUAUUGGUACCAUGGGGAAAGGAUCUUGGGAUAUUAUUGGGUGAUAUCGGCUAUAAUGUAACAACAACGAGCAAUUUGAGUGCUAUGAAUGAGGGAUUAGCGGCUGCCUUGAUAUCAAGUGAAGUGGACAGUGCAGAGGGCCCAUUACCGUCCAAUUUCAAAUUUGCCGCAAUAUUGACAAUUUUGGGUAUGGUGAUGUUGGAUUUGGAUGCUGACACGUGUCAAACACCGGCUCGUACGUACAUGCUGGACGUGUGUAUACCCGAGGAUCAAGCUCGUGGGCUCACCACCUUCUCACUGCUGGCAGGAUUCGGUGGUACAAUUGGCUACGCUAUUGGAGGUAUCAAUUGGGAGAAAACUAAAUUUGGUGCAGCACUUGGCGGUAAUAUUCCUACAGUUUUCGGAAUGGUUACCGUUAUAUUCAUAAUUUGCUACUUUGUCACCAUUACAACGUUCCGCGAAAUUCCGCUAAACCUGAUUGAGCGUGACGAAAUGUUGAGACCUCUUUCAGCGUCAGCUAUUAAGAAGGAAAUCAGUAAAAAGAACAAUGCCAUCUACUACAUCAAAGAGACUGAUGUGCUGGAGUUACAAAAUGCUACAGCUCAAAAGAAUUACAACACAAUGACUCCAAUGGGGAGCUAUCAGAACGGCAUUUCACCAUCUAAGGAAAUUACAGAUAAAUCAAACGAGCCAUCUCAAUCAAAUAACACAAAUAACAAUAGCACUAUGGCUAUUGAAUUAGAUGAAUGUGUGGAUAAGCCCAUAACUUUGGCGAAGUACCUGAAGAGUAUUUUUAUCAUGCCGACUUCAAUGCGCAUACUCGCUUUAACGAAUCUGCUUUGCUGGAUGGGUCAUGUGACAUAUUGCUUGUAUUUCACGGACUUUGUGGGUGAAGCUGUAUUCAAUGGUGAUCCAACCGCUUUGCCCGGCACAGAAGCAGCUCAGUUAUAUGAAGCUGGUGUUCGUUUUGGCUGCUGGGGCAUGUCUGUGUAUGCUCUAUCCUGCUCCAUUUACUCAAUAGCAGUAACAAAGCUGAGGAAACUGUUAGGCACCAAGGUUGUCUAUAUUACUGGUAUUGUGUAUUAUGGCGUCGGUAUGUUGAUAUUGGCCAUUUGGCCAACCAAGUGGGGUGUAAUCGUAUUCAGUACUUCGGCCGGCAUAUUAUAUGGCACUAUUUUCACAAUUCCAUACAUUUUGGUGGCCAAUUAUCAUGCCAAAGAUUGUUUCCGCAUGCAUAAUGGUGAGUCGGUUCCGCUAAAACAGGCGCGUGGUUUGGGCACCGACGUGGCCAUCAUAAGUAGUAUGGUAUUUAUAGCGCAACUGGUAAUCUCUCUGUCCAUAGGUCCAUUGAUUUCCUGGAUGCAGACAACGUGUGCCAUAUUAUAUGCGUCUACGUUUUUAGCAUUUUUCGCAGCAAUAUCAGCCACGUUUGUUUUGUACGUUUAAGGUUCCAUAUCAUUAUUUCACAGAUUAAAUACCAAAAAUGACUCAUAUCCCAUGAAAUUAUUAGGCUUAAAAAUAUUUUCUUGUAAAUUUAUGCGAAUUAAAUAAAUUUGAAAGAUUUAAAGUA